UCAUUUUGCAACGUGUAAACCACCAGCCAUUUAGAAACGCUUUGUUGUGUUGUGCUUCCUUUUCUCUGCUCUUGAAACAUUAAAAUGUGAACUUAAAAACGAGAACCUGGUUAGAACAAGAAACGAUAUCGAACAGUAAAAUCUCUGGAUGUAAUUUCUGCAAGCAACAGUCAAACCACAACAAAAAAAGCCACAAACUUUUGGGGCAUCUUAAGUACCAACAAAUUUAUAAGCGUUUAUCAGCACCGACACAACUAUGGACUCCACAGCCAUUGUGCUUGUUUUCUUCUACGGACAGCUGUGGUGGAACGUAUCAACUACACUUCUGAUCACUACCACUGCAGUAGUUGGCACUGGUGGAAAAAACCCCAUACAGUCAUACGAAACAAGCGAACCUGGAGACCCUGCGAAAUUCAACCAGCGAACACCCACCACACAGCCCCAGGUUCCUGCAGCAGAAGGUCCCAAACCUCACGAUGGUGGACACUUCAUAGCAGCGGUAGUAAUUGGGGUCAUCCUGACUGUCAUGAUAGUAAUUAUUGUUGGCAUCUUCCUAUGGAGGCGAUGGAGAAGGUCCGCUACACCUGUCCCGCACUGGGCAGGCCGUUCCCCAUUUGCGGAUGGAGAAGUACCAGAUACGACUGCGGAUAAAGAACCUAGUCAAGACACGAGGCGGACUUCAGUUCUCUCCUUCUUGCCUUGGAAAUUCAACAAGGAUACGCAGCUAUUGGAAAAUGCGCAGGGGCAGUUGUCUGAAUCAAGCCAAGGCCCGGAUGUUCCCCCUAUAUGUGGGGCUGAAGAGAGUGGCAUGCAGUCAAGCUCCACAGCAACAGCUUCUUCUGCAAGCAUGCAAACUGCCAUUUCUGAAGAACCAUGCAGCUUGAUAGAUGUUCCACUCCAGUCUGAUAGCCCAGAGCCACUUGAUUUGCCUCCACCACCAAACUGGCUUGAUGGAGCUAAUGAGGAUCUCUGUCCAAAGCAGACAGAGUCCCUCUCACUUGAACCAAUUGCAGAGAUCCAGGGUUCUGGAUCCCUAGUUCUCUCCCAUCAAAUUCCAGGCGAAGAACUACUACUACCACCUCCUCCAGAAGACUUGUUAUCUAACUGAUUUAAAGGAGGAAAAUGUUUAGGGAAUCAAACCAAUCAAAGAAAAAGGCCGAAAACCUAUCAAAUGCUGUUAGCUCUAGUUUUUUUGUGAGCAAAAGGGAACGCCAUUGCCUUUUUUCACAUAAGAACUCAAGAGCAAUGGUCCGGCUGCUUCUAGGGUAUCAACAUUCCCCACUGUGAUCAACCAGAAGCUUCCAGAAAGUUAACAAGCUGUGCAUGAAGGAAACAACUGACUUUCAGAGGUACACAACCUUUGCAAAUGGGAUGCAGUGAUAAAACAUUUCCUCCAUGAGUUUCUGCUACUUUUUAUUCACCCUGAUUUGGGCAGCAGUUGAUCGCAUCAGAAUACCUUUCCAUUUGUUUGUACCCUUUACGAACCCAUGGCAUCCUUUUUAUCUGUGGUUCUACUACAUUGGUCUUACAUAAUCUCCAAGUGUCCGGAAGAGAUCUGAACCUUCUGGCACUUCCUUUGCAGCUUCCUUUUAAGCAAUGCCUUCUCUUUUAAGAAGACGUCUUUUUGACACUGAAAAUGUGACCUUGCUGGACUUCCUGGGAACCACUUGCAUUUAUGUUGAAUUUUACAGCACUAUGGUCACUGUUUCCAAGCCGAUCAACAACAUCUGCGUCUUGCCCUGGUUCCUGGGCACCACUAAGUAUUAAGCCUCCUUUCCAACAGGCUCUUUUAUAACUUGUUAAAUAAUAGCAUUCCCCCCCCCCCCGUCUACAAAUUUUGCCUUUUUAAAUCUAAAGGCAAGCCACCCCUCACCCCACCCCAAUUUUUGUUUGCUAUUGUUAUCAACCCAAAGCAAAUUUUAUCAGAACUCAGGAUUGCAGGUUCAGACCUAUCAUAUGCAACAGAAGCACUUUUGCACCCACGUCACUGCAGUACUAUAGAGAAGUAACCACAACAUGGCUAUACAAAGUGAAACACAGGAACCCAUUGAGCACAUCUUUAGUGCCAACCAAUUUGACGCAGGUGAGGCAGCAGUUCCACCGAGCUCCAAAAGCUCAGAGGGUUCAGCAGGUACAGUAAGCCCCAGGGGAUUAUGGGAUGGGAACUCUGGGGAAAGGAACAUAGCUCAGUGGUAGCAUCUGCUCCACAUGGAGAAGGUCUCAUGUUCAAUCCCUGCCUGAACUCCUGGAGAGCCACUGUCAGUCAGUACUGAGCUAGAUGAGCAAGUGUUUGACUCAGCAUAAGGCAGCGCCCUAUGUUGCAGAAGAUAUGGUGGGAGACAGAGUUUUGGUGAUGGGGCCCAAAGGGAGGUGGUGGUGAACUCCGCUCUUUUUUUGGCCGAAGAGAAAUGUGUCCUGGGGAUAUAAAUCCUAGAACAAGGGGAAGCAGGAUGGUGAACUCACCCCUAUUCAGCCACCCUCAGCCCCAUGACCGGUUUUCCCAGGGACCAAAUUCUGCAAUAUCCAACCGCUUUCACCUCCCCUGGAAGAAAGAACCUCUCCAAUAAUUCUACAACACAGACGUGACUCGGAUUUCUUUCACUUGCACAUUUGAGCCAGUGGAGCAAACUGCUGCCAGUUUUGAUCAAGGGGAUCUUACGUACGCAGAAGAGAUCCCUAGACGAUGCUUUCGUUUCCUUGUUCAAAGUUCUACUGCAAAGUGCAUCCAUGAGAAUUAAAAGCUCUGCUGCAAGCAAGAACACUCGCUUUGGAAUCUGGCCGGAGCUGAUUGGGUGGACCUUGGGGAAAUCAACUCUUGAUUCUAAUGCUAAACUUUGUGCUCUUCAACACGUAAAAAAAAAAGUUACUGCAACUUCAGCAUCCUGGUCUUAUGUUUCUUUUUUUAUACAUUGGUUAAGUGGUGAGAUGCACCAAGAUUUGCUAAUCGUUAGCAUAAGAGGAUGUGACGGUCUACCAGAGCCUUGUCAUGAAGUUACAAGUCAUGAAAUAGUCCAUUCUAUAUUUAGAUUUUUUCCUGCCUCCAUUCUAAAGGGCUCAUGAAAAUGUACAUGUUUCGUUCCUGCAGCCUAUGAGAUAAUUAGGCUUUGAGACCUUAACUCCUCCAUAUGCACACAAAGCUAUAUUGCCAAGGGUCACACUAUUCAUUUCACUAUACCAACUCAGGCCAGAACUGGGCGUUAUUGCAGAUGUAUGUCUGCCAUGGGGAAAAAGCAGCCUAGUUCCACCUCCUUCUCUCCUGGGGAAAUAGGUAGUUACAAAAUGUGUGUCCUGACAUCAUCAGACUCCAGGUUUGCUUACACCCAUUCCAUUGACUGCUGUUUUGAAGGACAGGGAAAUUCUCAGUAUGCUGAUGCUGCAUCACACAUCAGUUGUAAUAGAUGUUAUCAAGAAAAUAGAUGGGUCCCAUUUUGCAAGCUGGGGGUGAAGGGUGGAUCCUGGAUCUGAAAAGUCGAAGACUAUUGUGUUAGGAUGUAUGGGUGGCAGCCAUCAGUCAGUCAUGCCCAAAUUUGUAACAUCAUGAAAGCAACCACUUCUGGAUACAUGGAUUGACGCUCACAGAUAAAUUAUCUGACCAUCUUGGCUGUGAAUCCUGGAAGACCUGCUCCCUGCCUUGCAGGUCUUUUCCCACCUGGCCCGGAAAGGCAGGGCCCUGAAUGACUCCAGCUGCAAAAGCUGAGGCUGCUGGACAGAAUCUUGGGCCAGGGUAUGGUUUAGGGAGUUUUGUUGGGGGCGAGGGUUGUUGCUGUUUAUUUUGGAUCUUACGACUUAUGUGGAAAUUGUUUGAUUUGGUUGUGCCCUUUUUUGAUGAUUUGUUUAUUGUUUAUGACUACUAUUGCUAUGUGUGUAGUUCUGUAAUUGUUUUUAUAAGCUGUAAACCACCAUUAGCAUGGUUUUAACUUUGGAAAGGUGGCAGACAAAUAAAACGAUUGACUGAUU